GGAGAUGGUGAAGAUGUUGCUCAAUCAUCAAAAAUUUAAAAUGCUUUUGGAGCGAUCUCUUUCCACCCAUGACCUGGAGGAUAUUCUGACAAGAAUGAAGAAGAAAGGGAUGGAAAACCAGAAGGCUGAACGCCCAUCUGUCAAGGAGCUGGUGAAGAAGAGGAACGAUGGCUCCAAGAAGCCCCAGGCCACAUUGUCUUCUAGCAAACGAGUGAAAUCUACCUCUGAUGGAUGCCUCCUACACCGUGCACAAGCCCAGGUCACGUUACCUCCGGUUGAGGAAGAAACGGAGCUGCUCCAGAAGCUUUACAAUCUCCUGGAGGCCAAGGGGUUUCAGACGCGCAUGGAAGGAGUGUCACUCCUCCAAGACUUGUGCAAAACUAGCCCCCAGCUCAUCUCCACUAACAUUGUCCAAAUUUUUGAAUAUUUUGUCCUGAGAAUAUCUGACAGCCACAAGAAAGUGAAGCAGAAGGCGCUGGACGUGCUGGCUGAAAUCACAGGCGUCCUGAAAGAUGCCUUGAACCCGGUGAUCAUUGAUUUGGUGGAAGGAAUAACGAAGAACCUGAACUCCAAGGACCCCAGGGUUCGUGCCGCAGCUGUGAAAGCGCUGGAAGAAUCCAUUGCUCAUUUAGAUAAAGUAUCACUGCUGAAAGAGUUCAGCUACCAGUGGAAUCACCUGAGUGGCCAAGCUCUGCUGGAUGUCACGGAGUGUAUCACAGUGCUUGUGGAGUGGGUUUAUGCCAGGAGCCCUGAAGUGGUCCAGCACGACGCCCUGCCCGUGCUCUGGUGA